GCAGAAAAGAAAGCAAAAAACAGAGAGAGACAAAACCCAAAGCCAGAGAGAAAGUUCAUUCGAUUCAUCUCUCUCUCUCUCUCUUCUGUUCUUUCCAAUUUUCUUUCUCUUGUGCUUUUCUUUCAUCUCCUCUUUCCUUUGUGGAUAUAUUAAAGAAGCAGCAAAAGAAGAAGAAAAAAGAUAUAUAAAGAGAAGGAAGCCAUUUAACCCUCUGGCUUUUGGAGUUGUCCGUCCUUCUUCCUCAUCAGUCAUCACUCACCGUCUCUCUCUAGUCUCUAUAGUCUCUCACCGACCAGUACUUUCCGCAUUCAUUAAUAGUUUCUUUUGCUCUCGCCAUAACCACUGAGGAAAACAUCCAGUCUGUUGCAUCAAAAGACAGCCCUCUGUUUUGCCACUUCUGGCCAACCAAUUCCUCUCCCCCUCUACUCUGUUUUUUCUCCUUUCGUUCUCUUCAAGGAAACUCCUUCCUUCCUUCCCUCUUUCUUUCUAUCUCUGUUCUUUUUCCCCACUCCCUCCGUGUUUUGCUCUUUUGAUGAUUCUGAGGUACCUGAGGCUCUGAGGCAGCUCUUCUUCGUCAUCAUUUGUGUUGUAGUUUGGGUUAUUUAAUGUGGGGAGGGUGGAUGGUGAUGUGAUUUUGAAAGCCAAGCCAGGCUUUAAAAGAAAAGAGAGGGCUUUGGUGGGCUGUUUUUGUGUUCUAUUUGUCUUGCUCCUUAAAGACUGAACAAUGGGUAGUGGCAAAAUGGAAUCUUUUGUCAAGGAGAAGCUCAGGGGACUCUGUUGCAGCAACAAUGGCUGGUCUUUUGGACUCCUCUGGCGCUUUGAUCACCGCAAUUCCAUGUUGCUAAGACUGGAAGAUGCCUUUUAUGAAGAGCAAAUGAAGACAGUAGUUGAGGAUUUGCUUCCCCAGGUCCACAUGGUUGGUGAAGGAAUGGUUGGAGAGACAGCCUUUUGUGGGAAGCACAAGUGGAUUUCCUGGGAUGCUGAUGAUAGUGGAUGGUGUGAUUCUGAGAUCACCAGACUGAUCUCUUCUGGAGUGAAGACAAUUUGCAUGAUCCCAUUGGGUUCGCAGGGCGUCAUACAGCUUGGAUCCAAGCAUAAGGUUUGUGCAUUUCACAUUGAUGCCAAAAAGAAGAAUCUGAUCUUUAACUUUCUCAGAUGAUGAAUGAACAAGCAGUGUACUCUUGUUGCAGAUUUCUGAGAGGCAAGAGUUUGUGGAUCAAACCAAAAGAUUGUUCAGUGACAUGGAGAAGGCUGAAUGUAUCGUUCCAAUGACCACCAGCACUGCUUCAUCUUUGACCUAUGAUGCUGCUUCUUCUGAUCUCAGUGACUGGUUUGCUUCCUUCUGUUCUGGAACCAUCUCACCCAUCCAUGGUGGAAAUUGUGAUGAGCUCGUGGAAUUUGGUUGUACUUCAUCAAACUUCACUCAGUCUUCUGUUCCAACAUCAUGUGUUGAACAAGAAAGGAUUGUUCCUUCAUUUAUGGAUGCAAGCCGUGAGCGUGCUUCAUCAGAGUCGAGAGGCAAGCUGGACUGCAACAGUACAUGGAGCAAUGAAGGUUCAAUUUUGACCUCACUAGAGUCACAAUUAGCUUCAGAGAUCGAGGUCUGUAAUUUUCCAUGGAUGCUUUCAUCUAGUGGAAGUACUCCAAUGUCCCAUGGGAAUUUGCAAGGCAAUGCAACACUUGCUCCAUGUUACAAUACAGGAGGGUUGAUGGAUGUGGACAAGUCGACUCAAGCAUAUGCUGAGAGAUCUGUGAUGAAGAAUGAGUUUUCGACUGUCAUUAAGCUUGAGGAACAGGAAACUUUAUGUGAGUUUCCUGAAGAGUUCAAGCAGGAUGAUUUGUCCAACUUUUUCAUGUUGGAGGACCCAUUUGAGUGGAUUCCUUGUUCACAAAGCAAUAACACCAAUGUUAUAAAUCCACAAAUUGAGGCAAAUCUUUCACAAUCGGUAAGCUUUCGUGCACCAGCCUCUGGCCUGCUUGAAGAUAUUUGCAGUGAGCUACGCAAACCAGGGGUCUCCAUUGCUGCUCAUAGCGAUAUGUUCAAAAUCCUGGAUCUAAAGUCCGUUGAUGGACAAGUUGGUAAUGGGGAGAAUUCGAUGGCACAUUUGGUUAGUGGUACUCAGCCAGGUACUAGCAAAGAUGACUCAAAGUUCCACCCAACAUUAAAUGGUAACUCGAAGCAGAAGGGCUUAUUCUCUGAACUGGGACUUGAAGAGCUUCUAGGUGGCCUUAAGAGUUCAAGCUUUGCUAGUGCUAGAUCCAGCAUCAUCGAUGAAGGACUACUGCCACCUACCAAGAGAAGAAAAAUGGAGAAUUCAUCAUCACUCAGCGUAAACCAACUUCAUUUGGGGAAUGUCUCUUGUUCAGCAAGCAGCAGCACAAGCAUGCUGUCCGCAAGCAGUUUGGACAAGGCAAAGUCACCAAUUGCACUAUUGAUUGAAGACAGCUUCAGCAGCAUCAACACCAGAGGAGGUAUUCCAGGAAAAGAUAAGAAGCCCAACGAUCCUGCUAAAAAGGUGGGUGUCAAGAAGAGGGCUAGGCCUGGUGAGAGCACGCGGCCAAGGCCAAAAGAUCGUCAGCAGAUCCAAGACCGUCUCAAGGAGUUGAGAGGCAUAGUUCCUAAUGCUGAAAAGGAUAGCAUAGACAAUUUGUUGGAUAGAACCAUCAGACACAUGUGUUUCUUGCAGAGUGUGGCAAAAUAUGCAGACCAGCUUAAACAAGUCGACAAGCCAAAGGUAAUUUCGACAGGCGAAGGUGGUUGUGGUGCUACCUGGGCAUUGGAAGUUGGUGAUGAAACAGUGGUUUGUCCUGUCAUAGUUAAAGAUCUAGUUCCUCCUGGACUAAUGCUUGUAGAGAUUCUGUGCAAGGACCAGGGAUACUUUCUUGAAAUAGCUGAGGCAGUGAGGGGAUUUGGGUUGAACAUACUGAAAGGAGUGAUGGAAGCUCAAGAUGAUAAGAUAUGGGCACGAUUCGUGAUCGAGGCGAGUUCAUCCAUGACAAGGGCAGAUGUACUUUGGUCCCUUGUCCCACUUUUACCCCAAAAUGCUAGUAGUGGGAUGGACCAGAACUUGUCAAGUAAUGUUGCUGUAUCGAGAAGUUACCAGCAACCAGGGGCACUGGCUUGUCCCAUUGGCAUGGCUGAGACAACUCAAUGA